AACAAAUAUCCACUUGAGCCAGUUUUCCUUGUCCAAAACCAUCGGCCUGAAAAGCGCGCUAUUUUAUACGGCCAUCACCAGGUCAGCAAGGCACCAGGCGCCUAGUUCUCUCCUCCCUCCGUCGCAAGCCACUCCUCCAAAAGUCUUCUUCCCCCUUCUGAUUCUCUACCGAGGCGUGUCGCGCGAAAAUUCUGAGCAUUUUGGGUUCUUCAGGUGGAAAAGAUUUGGUCUUUUGGGCUGGAGUUGAUGUCAAGGUUGGCCGGGAAUCUGGUCGCGGCGGCUGGUCUGAGGACGAGCUUCUGAUGUUUCUUUCGCCGCUGCAAGUCAGUUGAAUUGGAGAGGAAUUGGCGGUUAUCCAACCGUCCCCGACCAGAUAGAGGAGAAAGGUGUCCACGCAUUGGAGCCGGAAUCCGAGGAAACGGCCCAGCUCCCCCGCAUUGCUCGCGUCGAAAAUUUGCAAUUUGGAUGGGGGCGGGCGCGUCGAGCAUGGUAGGGCCGGAGGGGUACGGCCGUGGGUGGGGUCAGACGUCGCUGGGCGACAUGCCGGAGAGCUGCGUGGCGGCGGUGCUGCUCUACCUCGACCCGCUGGAGAUCUGCCAGGUAGCCUGCCUCAACCGGGCGUUCCGGGGUGCGGCCUCCGCUGACUGCAUCUGGGCCGCCAAGCUGCCCGCCAACCACCGGUACCUCGCCGCGCUGGCCGCCGCGGCCGACGACGACUGCGGCUGCGACGGCGCGGCCGAGGGCAAUGGCCGGUGCUGCUCCUCUGCCGCGAUCAAGAAGGAGAUAUACGCGCGCCUGUGCCGGCCCACCCCCUUCGACGGUGGCACCAAGGAAUUUUGGAUUGAGAAGGACAAGGGAGGUUUUUGCAUGUCCAUCUCCUCAAAGGCUAUGUCGAUCACAGGCAGAGAUGAUCGGAGGUAUUGGAGCCACCUGUCCACAGAGGAAUCAAGGUUUCGCGGUGUUGACUAUCUUCAGCAGAUUUGGUGGCUUGAGGUGUGCGGGGAGAUUGAUUUCUGCUUCCCCGCUGGUUCAUACAGCCUAUUCUUCCGGCUCCAUUUGGGUCGACCACACAAGUGGAUGAGCCGCCGAGGCCAUGCCUCUGAGAGUAUUCACGGUUGGGACAUCAAACCAACACGGUUCCAGCUUUCAACUUCGGAUGAUCAGUACACCGAGUCUGAAUGUUAUCUAACUAAACCGGGAAGAUGGAUCCUUUACCACGUCGGCGAUUUUGUCGUAUCGAGUUCAGAUGAGGUGACGGAGCUCAAGUUCUCUAUGAUGCAGAUUGAUUGUACACAUACAAAAGGUGGCCUGUGUGUUGAUUCGGUCUUCAUAUACCCCAAAGAUCACCGAUAUGAGGAGGAGUGCAUAUUGUGCCAGAAAAUUUUGUAGGAGCGUUUGCAUGGAUUGGCUAGCCUGUUUCUUCUUCUUUGUUAUGGUCAUUCUUGUCCAAAAGCGUAGUGUGGAUAUUCUUUUUCCAAGAGUUUUGCAUGGACAUAAGGUCUUGUUCUGUAUUUAUUUUGUUUUUCUAGUGUUAGUCAAAUAAGUAGGGAGGUCAGGAAGACUAGAUGUAGGUAUAGCGGUAUAUGAUUCAGAGUGCUUGGCGCCUGUAUGUAUAUGUUUCAUUUGUUUUCCACCGGAAUAUAUAGCAUGUUUAGUUCAAUAA